AGGCUAACUGAUCGAUCUGAUAAAAAUAGAUAGGAACUUUAAUUUUGGGAACAGUGUUCCGUCGGUGCAACCUGGAUGGACCUCUGACAUUAGCGGCAGCCGUAUCUAGGCUAGGAUACAAGUAAAGUUUUCUCGAAAAAUAGAUCUUUAGUCUCGAUCUCUUCAGAUCGAGACUAAAAUAAUUUUGACGGUGUGAGAGCAAGAAUCGGAUUAACGCAUGUCGUAAACGAGAUUGACAAAAUAUGUUUAUGAAAUGUAUUGAGCUCCGUGUGUGUUACUGACUAGUGUUGCUAGCUACACGUUAUCGAUUCUCGCUAUAUCUACGUGUAACAUACAGAACCAAGCAUGCUGCAGACUGUUAACUAUCUGACAUAUUUAGCAUUAUGUUAAAACAUGCAGGGUUAUCAAAGCUCAAAACAGCUUAGACGUCAAAUCUUUGUGAUCGUCAAUGAUUACAAGGGUAUGGAGAAAUAAAAGAAAUGUAUUUUGUUGGCUAACAUUAGCCAAAGUUUUAAAACAGUAUUAGUGUUCCUGUUGUUACACACAGUUGUUAACUUAACUCCAGCAUUCUUUAGUUGCAUAUUACUUUUAAAAAUGAUGUAUUCAUCAAGAAGAAAACCAGUCCUAUAUUUCAAAGAAGACAGGAGAAAUGAGACCAAAAAGGUUCUGCCUCAAGAUGAAAUAAAUAAGUUUCUACCAGGGAAGUGGACAGUCUAUAAGCUCUUUGGUCUGUGCAUGGUUCUUGUGCUGGUAUCUCUCUUCUGGCUUCAGCUCAGCUGCACUGGAGACAUGAAUCGCGUAGUAAUGGAAGACAGGCAUCUCCCUCACCAGCCAUGCCCUACAGAAAGACGGGCAGCUGCAGAUAAUCCCUCAUGGGGUCCUCACAAACUAGCCCUCAUCAUACCCUUUAGAGAGCGCUUUGAGGAGCUACUGGUUUUUGUCCCUUUAAUGCACUCCUUUCUUAACAAGAAGAACAUACUUCAUAAGAUCUUAGUUAUCAACCAAGUGGAUCACUAUCGGUUCAACAGAGCAUCCCUCAUCAACGUUGGUUACAUAGAGAGUGGCAAUGACACAGAUUACAUUGCCAUGCACGAUGUGGACCUGCUGCCAUUGAACGAAGCUCUUGACUAUGGCUUCCCUGAAGAAGGGCCUUUCCAUGUAGCCUCCCCAGAGCUCCAUCCCCUCUACCACUACAAGACAUAUGUUGGAGGAAUUCUGCUUCUUACCAAGCAGCAUUACCACAUGUGUAAUGGUAUGUCCAACCGGUUUUGGGGGUGGGGAAGAGAAGAUGACGAGUUCUAUAGGAGACUAAGAAAAGCUGGUCUACAGCUUUUCAGGCCCAGUGGAAUAACUACAGGAUAUAAGACCUUCCAACACAUCCAUGACCCUGCCUGGAGAAAGAGAGACCAGAAAAGAGUAGCAUCACAGAAGCAGGAGCAGUUCAAGGUGGAUUAUGAGGGAGGCUUGACUAACCUGCAGUACAAGAUUGAGUCUAAACAGGAGCUAAGCAUCAGUGGAGCCCCAUGCACUGUUCUCAACACCAAGCUGGCAUGUGAUCAGGACAAGACCCCAUGGUGUCUGCCUGGCUAGAUGGCCUUCCUCUCUGGGUUGGGGAUGUCCAUGGAUCACCUCACUGCUUCUUGAGAAUAACCUGAAUACCUUCUUGUAGUCAUACAAACGAAUACAAGGGGAAUGCAAAGACUUAGACCUGCACAUGGUGGAGAUUUCACAGACUUAUCUUUUCCCUGCAUACAACACAAUUACAUAACUGUGCAGCUUCUCCUUCUCUUUCUGACCAGCUCCCCUCCCCCCAAGGACAUGGGGGUCUUUCAUGGCCCAGAUAAAUUAGCCCAAACUCUGUGAGAAUGUAUUUUGACGAACAAUAAUAAUUAGAACAGUGCUGCUGUUGUUAUAUAUUCCUCAUAGACGCUACAGUCUACUACCCUGCCUUACUUGAAAGUUAUUUGGUUUUGGCAUACUUUUUGUAUGUGUGUAUUUAUUCACAGAUCUUUGAGAACCAUGUUUUCAUUUUUUUAAAUCCUGUUGUGUCAGUAAAACCUGUUCAUAAUUUUUAGUAGAAGUCUCCAUGAGGUAAAACAUCCUUCUGUUUGUACGUUUUGGCCUCUUUUGGUCAAGCAUUUAAAGCUUUUUGAUUGGACAAUAUAGUCCAAUCAUUUUAUUUAAGAUGCAUAAAUCAUUUGUACAAUAUUGAGUAUUUAUAUAAGACUAUGCUUUUCGUCAAAUGUGAGGGUGUCUUUUCUCAUUGUUAUAGUUUGCAAUGCAAAUAAAUGUUAUAAAUUUA